UGUGAAACGCCCACCUAUACCAACAUUUGAGUCGAGUUGACCGCGGGGCGAGAGUUCCGUUAUUCACAAGCCGAUCCUUCGCUAUAGUAGGAUUAGACACGCUGUCGAGGAGCUGAAGAUGGGCAGACAUACUGUUCCUCAAACCAUGAUCAGUUAAGAAGCUCUGAUACGGGCAGAAGAGCUCUCUGAAAUGGCGAGAGACUUCACUACAACGAGUCUGAGUAACAUCGACCUCGCCUCUCUGCGGGAUCCUGCGGGGAUCUUCGAGCUCAUCGAGGUGGUCGGCAAUGGCACAUAUGGACAGGUUUACAAGGGUCGGCAUGUGAAAACAGGACAGCUGGCAGCCAUCAAGGUCAUGGACGUGACAGAGGACGAGGAGGAUGAGAUCAAGCUGGAGAUUAACAUGCUGAAGACUCACUCCCAUCACAGGAACAUAGCCACAUAUUACGGUGCUUUUGUAAAGACGAGUCCUGCGGGUCAGGACGACCAGCUGUGGCUGGUGAUGGAGUACUGCGGCGCCGGCUCGGUCACAGACCUGCUGAAGAAGACCAAAGGCAGCUGUCUGAAGGAGGACUGGAUCUCCUACAUCUGCAGAGAGGUGCUGCGAGGUCUGUUACACCUGCACUCACAUCACGUGAUUCAUCGAGAUAUUAAAGGACAAAACGUGCUGCUGACGGAGAACGCCGAGAUCAAACUGGUGGAUUUUGGCGUCAGCGCUCAGUUGGACCGGACGAUCGGCAGAAGAAACACGUUCAUCGGGACGCCGUACUGGAUGGCGCCGGAGGUGAUCGCGUGCGAUGAAAACCCUGACUCCACAUAUGACUACAGGAGCGACGUGUGGUCUCUGGGAAUCACCGCUUUAGAGAUGGCUGAGGGAGCGCCACCCUUGUGUGACAUGCAUCCCAUGAGAGCGCUGUUCCUCAUUCCACGAAAUCCUCCUCCCAAACUCAAGUCCAAGAAAUGGUCUAAGAAGUUUCAGACGUUUGUAGACAGCUGUCUGGUGAAGAACUACCUCCACCGGCCGUCCACAGAGACGCUCCUGCGCCACUCCUUCAUUAAAGACCUUCCCAAUGAGCGACAGGUGCGCAUCACGCUCAAAGACCACCUGGACAGAACCAGGAAGAGGAGACGAGAGAAAGAGGGGACGGAGUAUGAAUACAGUGGCAGUGAAGAUGAAGAAGAUGCCAUGAAUGAAGAUGAAGGGGAACCCAGCUCUAUAGUCAAUCUUCCCGGAGAGUCCAUGUUGAGACGAGAGUUCCUGCGUCUGCAGCAGGAGACAAACACACAAACACACCUGCUCCAGCAAACACACAACCAGGACAACUACAAGAGACAGCUGCUGGCCGACAGACACAAGAGGAUCCAGCAGCAGCAGGAGGAGCGCCGCCGCCUCGAAGACGAGCAGGAACGGCUCUUAUACCAGACCGGACUCCAGUGGCCGGAGCUCCAGGAGAUGAUAUGGCAGGAAGAGACUGACCUUACCGAGAAGACCAGAAGAAACCACAAGAAACAGCCCAGAGACGGUGAUCAGCACAGGACUGAUCCUGAAUCAGCGGCCGUGAGUCUGUUUGCUGAGCAGCAGAGCCGGAGAGCCCAGCGCACUCCUCCCAGAGACCAGCCUCGAGACGCACGGCACGACGGGCUGGCAGGUAAACUGGAGUCGCUGGAGGCUCAUCUGGUCAAUCUGAACAAUAUAGUGGUGAGGAUUCCUCAUGUCCAGUCUCGUCUGGGGUCAGGGAGCAACUCCAGUCCGUGUACGCCAGCGCUGCAGAGAGCGGCCAAACCACCGAGCAUGAGUGUGUGUCCCGGUCGAGAGCUUCAGCACAGCAGCUCCAUGACGGACGUCUCGUCCACUCCUCUGUCUCCAGCGCUCGAUGAAGUCUUCUUCAGCCCUGACGAGCAGCCGCCCAAGAUCCCAGAGCGCACUACGUCGAAGUUCAAAGAUGCGGUGAGUCCUCACAGAUACGGGUCCAGUGGCGAUGGUCCGUCUGUGAAGAUGUCCUUCAGCUCCAGCUGCAGCAGCUCACAGUCAGGUCACUGUGUGCUGGACAGUCCAGCUCAUCCCAACAGAAACGCUCAGACGUCACCGCAGAACCAGGGUUUGGGAAUGAAGUCUCCGUUCAGUCCGUUAAUGAAGCUUGCGGAGUAUUCUUCCUCCAGUGAUGAAGAUGACGAGAGGACCAGGUCUCCGCUGAGCAAUGGCAGGCCGCUGUUAUCCGGAGGACAGUUUGACGAGAUCGUUCUCCAGCCGCAUCACAGCGAUAAACAGCAGCAGCAGAGUGCAGCAAAGCCAGCAUAUAGCGUCCAUCAGAGGCCUUCAGGACCACAGUCCAGCGACAGCUGCUUUCUGCCCGACCUGCUUCACAAGAGCCCCUCACAUCAGCAGAGCGCACUCCACAAAUUAUUCAGUAACCAGGCGGGAAAAAGCACAUCGUCUUCAUCUUCCUCAUUCUCACCUUUCAUUGACCCACGUUUGCUGCAGAUCUCUCCACCUCAGAGUCCACAGGGAUACGGCCAGCUGAAUGGCAGGUGUGAGCCGUGUGUUAGACAGCCUCACAGGAAGGGCUCGGUGGUGAACGUCAACCCCACCAACAUCCGUCCUCAGAGCGACGCCCCAGAGAUACGCAAAUACAAAAAGAAGUUCAACGCUGAAAUCCUCUGUGCCAGUCUGUGGGGAGUGAAUCUGCUGGUGGGCACCGAGAGCGGUCUGUGGCUGCUGGACCGCAGUGGUCAGGGUAAAGUUUACUCUCUCAUCAGCCGCAGACGCUUCCAGCAGAUGGACGUGCUGGAGGGGCUCAACGUGCUCAUCACUAUAUCAGGUAAGAAAAACAAGCUGAGGCUGUACUACCUGUCCUGGCUGAGGAAUAAGAUCCUGCGUAAUGAUCCAGAGGUGGAGAAGAAGCAGGGCUGGACGUCAGUGGGGGAACUGGAGGGAUGUGUGAGCUAUAAAGUGGUUCGCUAUGAAAAAAUCAAGUUCCUGGUCAUCGCCUUGAGGAGCGCUGUGGAGGUCUACGCCUGGGCUCCCAAACCAUAUCACAAGUUCAUGGCUUUCAAAUCGUUCGGCUCGCUGCCUCAGAAGCCGCUCUCGGUUGACCUGACGGUGGAGAACGGACAGAGGUUAAAGGUCAUCUACGGCUCUCACUUUGGGUUUCAUGCAAUCGAUGUGGACUCGGGGACACCCUUCGAUCUCUACCUGCCCAGUCAUAUCCAAGGUGUGAUUCGGCCGCAUGCCAUCAUCAUCCUCCCCAGCAGCAGUGGGAUGGAGCUGUUGCUGUGUUACGAGGACGAGGGCGUCUAUAUUGACACCUAUGGCCGCAUCACCAGGGAGACGGUGCUGCAGUGGGGGGAGAUGCCCGCCUCUGUGGCUUAUCUUCAGUCGAAUCAAGUCAUGGGAUGGGGAGAGAAAGCCAUCGAGCUGAGGUCCGCCAAGACGGCCAGUCUAGAGGGAGUCUUCAUGCACAAGAAGGCUCAGAAGCUCAAGUUCCUGUGUGAGAGAAACGAUAAAGUGUUUUUCGCGUCGGUGCAGUCGGGGGGAAGCAGUCAGAUCUACUUCAUGACGUUAGGACAGAACACUCUCUUCAGCUGGUGAUGGUCUUCACUCAGGCUGCUGCUGGUAAAAACAGACUCCGUAUCACAGACCGACCGUCAAGAUUCAAACUGUCCACUUUCUGUAUUCACAUGUAAACGUUUUAAUUGAAGUGAUAUAAAUACAUGUAUUGUAUGAUUUAAUAGAUGUGAAAUAGGUGAUACAUUGCAUUGUGUCUGACAGUGUCAGCAUUUGUCUCGGUCUGUGCUUAAAACAUAAACCUUGUUUUGCAUUUUAAUUUGAACUUUUUAUUACCAUGUCAUGUUGAUAUUUUGUCCCCAAUACCUGAUUAUUUUACUGUAUAAUAAUAACCAUGGCUGGUACACGGUGAGCCCGAUACGAACAGCUAAUAGAGUGACUGUCAAACAUUGAAGCAUCUUUUGAGGGAAAUACUGAAGAACAGAAGUGACUGAACCGUCCGAUAACUGCAGACAUUCAGCUUCAUUUGACAGGCUUUCCCAGCAAGCACAUUUAAUUAUAACAAAUGGCAGUUAUCUUAAUAUUUGUGUUUAUUAUAGCUCUCACUGUACUAAAACACAAACAUAACUGGACAAAUGAUCAUGAUAAAAGUGAUCUAAUAAAAGUAGGGAUGUCCCGAGCCGAUCUCAAGUGUUUUUUAGCUGAUCGGUGGAUAUUCGGAUCGGAUCGGAUCGGAUCGGGGGCACAGUAAACCUGAUCGGGACAUCCCUAAAUGAAAUGGUUAUACGCAGGUGUUGUGCAUGCAGAUUAAAUGAUUGAUCUUCGUCAUCACUAUUCAUUCGCUUUGUUUUUCUUCUGUACAUUUGAGAAUUCAUCUUUGAUUGCCAUCAGUCUUAGUUUGCGGCCUAACCCCGACCAAUCAGUUUCCCAGAAGACCGAGCUUGUUUUAGCCGCUGGUUCUGUCUAAUCAGUCUUCACUAUCGACUCUUUCGGUACACUGACAGUUCGACAGAGCCAUGCGUCUGAGCUCAAGUAUAAACACAAACACAUCCUUCACAUCCGCUGACGCUCAGCACACUUCUGUCGUGAUAGUGUUAGUUCAGUGUCAGGGGACAGUUCUGAAACAUGUUCAUUAGUUUUGUAAAAAUAAUAGUGAAGCCUGGCUGCGUGUGGAGGUCAGCGUAGCACGUGCGGCGUGUCUGUGGAGGACUGAUUUGUGACGCAGGUGACUCGUUUCUCAGCUUUAAAUGAGGAAAAUGAAUGAAGCAAAGAAAAGCAGCAGGAAGAUGAUCGCAUGAAAGAGAGUUAAAGAAAGUCGAAAUGUAGGAAGUCAGAGCUGUGGAGUUUGGGAUCAACAUUGAGAUGUUAUAUUUGCACUCAAAACACCUGAGCUGGUGAAGAUGCAAUACUCGUGAACCACGUGCACUUUACAUCGCUUGCACACAGACUAACUCGCUUCAUAGUUUCACACAUGAUUGAUUUCACUCUUUUAUGAACAGUAAAACUGAAAACGGCACGCAUAGGGUCGAUGACACAUUAGUGUUGUGAUGAUCAGCAGCGCAGUAGCUACGUGAUGAAGACGAGCGCUGUUCUGGGUCCAUCCGCUGGGAGUCUGGCGCUCAGAUCGGCUCUGCAGCAAAGUCUUGUUUUCCUUUAAAUCCAGUGUUUUCUCAAGCGUGCCUUAAUGUGCUCUGAAUGGCUUGUUGUGUGUGAGACAUCAUGAAUGUAAAAAUCUUCAUUGGGUUUUGCUCCAACAUUAAAAUGUCUGACAUAGUCACUUUCUGUACUUUCACUUUCAGUGCUGUACAUUAACAAGAGAAUUUUUAUUUAAUUCAAAGCUUUUUUUUUCUUUGUAAUAGUGUAAUUUGACUGUAUAUUUCCUGUAUUGUACAUAUUCCUAAAUACAGUUAAUUAUCAAGCGCUAUAGGAAGCACCAUAUACUCAAAAGCUCCUCGUUUGGGUUUCGAUUGUAACAGCAUAUUGCAUAUACAGUGUAAUUUGUGUCACAUGAAGGAAUCGAGCCAAAUAAAUGCUUUAAUAGAC